AUGCUAUGUCUCGAAGAGGCGCCCCUAAAGGGCCCGAUUAAUGCUACCAAAUAUGUAUGCUCAGUAUAUCACGAUAAUGCUAUCAUGUAUAUGCUAUCGGGCUAUGCUAUAUACACGUUAUCUGAUUAUGCUAGAGGCGAAGCCUCCUCACUUCAUGUGCUAUCCGUCACCGAAAAAUCUUUGGUGACAACUUCGGUGACAACUUUGGUGACGG